AAGGAGGCGCGCACACAGUGAGGAGGGUGUUAGAGAUCGACGCAAGAUCUAGAUUGGUCGAAGAAAGCAAACGACAGCGUGUUGUGUUGUUGAUGCCGUUUGGGUUUUCCUUUCCCACGUAUUCGUAUUCUGGUCUGUCCUAAUAAUAAAUGGCUCUUGAAAUACUUGGUUUUUCUUUCACCCUACGUUCCUCUUGUGUUCGUGUUGUGUUGUGUUGUGUUCCUCCUCAGUUCAUCGUUGCUCUUUUUCUCUCUCAAUCCAAACCUGCGAUUCUCACCCCUCCCCAAUGUCUUCGCAGGAGAAUGGUCGUCCAUUGCCUAAAUUCGGUGAGUGGGAUGUGAAUAAUCCUGCCUCAGCGGAAGGUUUUACUGUCAUAUUCAACAAGGCUAGAGAUGAGAAGAAGACUAACACAGCAACGGCAACCCCAACCCCACGUAGAUCUGAUCCUGUGUUCAAGAAUGAGAAUUAUAACAAUCCUCAAUAUUCUGGAAAGAGAAAGUGGUUUUGCUGCGGCUGAAUCUAGAAGAGGGCAUAUGAUGGUUUAUAACCCUAUUUGCUGUGGAUUAUGAUCUCGCUAAUCAGGUGGAGCAGGGAAUGGUUUAUGAUCCUAUUUGCUGUCUUUCACUUCUUUUUUCCCUUUUUUUCUUCUUUGUUUUCGCCUUUGUGUGAUUUGCAGGAUCACAUGAUGUUAGUUGUAAGCAAAUUUAAAUUUCACACCUUGCCAUUUUGCUUAGGUGAUCUAUAAGUCAAAUAACGUUGUUACUGGGUAUGAAUUGAUCACUUGAGAAAAAAGGUAGUGUGGAAUGUUGUGUAAUAGAAAAAAUUGUACAAAUAUAUAUAUAUAUCUAUAAAAAGGGGAAAGGAAAGGAAAAAAAAUGUACAAAAUGUCCCCCUAUUAUUAUUGAU